ACCAGGUCAUCUUCGUAUCCUAGCAACGCAACUGCCAGCUUUCUCCAAAACACAACAGAACAUCCCGCCCGUAACCAUUAUGGUCAAGAUCGCAAUCGCUGGAGGAUCAGGGGAGGUGGCCCGCGAGGUGAUUGACGCACUCGUCGCCACAAAGAAGCAUGACAUUAUCGUCCUUUCGCGCCAAGAGCCAGGGCCCGGAGACACGAUUGAGGGCACGAGCUGGGCGACAGUCGACUUCACCAACAAAGACAGCAUCGUGCCGGCCUCAAGGGCGGACAGCGACAACGCGGCGCAGAGGACGCUGAUCGACGCCGUUGUGAAGGCGGGCGUCGGACGCUUUGCCCCGUCGGAGUGGGCGACUCUCACCACGGACACGCUGCCGUGGUACGGGUCCAAGGUCGCCAUCCGCGAGUACCUGGCCGAGCUGAACAAGGACGGAAAGGUCCUCGAGUACUGCCUCUUCUCGUGCGGCGUCUUCACCAACUACCUCGGCGCGCCGUACCCGUCGACCACGCACGUGCACACCAGCAACCUGCAGUUCGACCUCGCGCGCCGCCGCGCCAUCCUAGUCGACGGCGGCGAGGGCGGCCAGAUGUCUUUCACCACGGUCAGCGACUUUACCAACGUGGUCGCGUGGGCGGUCGAGUACGAGGGCGAGUGGCCCGUCGUGGGCGGCAUCCGCGGCGACACCGUCACGGCGGUGCAGCUGGUGGCCAUGGCCGAGGAGAUCAGAGGCGGGCAGCAGUCUCGACCUAACUACCGAUUAGCCAGUACAUACUCAUCGGGUAGCAGGUCCGUUCUCGAUUGAAAAGGUGCAGCUCGCGGAUCUCGAGGCGGGCGAGAUCAAGGCGUCGUGAAUGCCCGUCUUCGAGCACCCACAGUUCAAGACGCGCGACGCCGAGGUGGCGUACGCCAAGACCGUCAACCCGUUCAUGUUCCGGAGCACCGCUCUCGGCGGGUUCCUCGUCUCGGACGAGUGGAACCGGCUGCUCCCGGACUACCGCUUCACCAGCGUGGGCGAGUUUCUCGAGAAGCACUGGACGGGGAAGCCGUGAAUAUUUGUAUGUGAAUAUCCGUGCCUGAAUAUCUGUACGUGUCUAGGUUGUUAUGAUUCGUACUUCGCAUAGGCUUUUAAACAAAGGGGCAAUGUUAAGGCCUCAGAAACUGUCAGGGACGCAACCUGGAUGCAACGAGCCAACGGGGAUGGAGAGGGCAUAGAAC